AUGGUUGCAGAUAUCCCUUUUAAGGCCUCGCAGGUCUCGGAGGACUUCCUCGCGAAGGCCACCCUCGUCGCGCCCUUCCCUGUUCCCGAGAACAUUUCUGCUCUCGAUGGACCGACUUAUGUGACUCCUCAGACGUUGGUUGAGCUCUCCACUUAUGCUCUCUCUGAUGCCAUCUUCACCUACUCGCCAGAGACCUUCGGCUUGGACUCUGAUAUUGCGGCCUGGAAGACUGCUGACCAGCCCAACGGCUUUGGAACUGUUCCCCUCGUCAGCCAGCUCGAGACUCGCGCUGGCGCAGGGUCUCUUCCUUUGGGGUACAUUCUUUCGUCGAGCCUCUCGCGCAAGCACGAUACCGCUACGCGUUCUAUCGUUGCUUCGUCUGGAUCUCUUCCCGCGCUCUCCCCUGUGCUAUCUGAGCUCGCCUAUCUGCCUUCGCCGCCCUCCCCCAUUGUCUUGAACGUUGCGGCAAUUGACUACUCUCCCGUCUCUGAUGCGUUUGUCGUUGACUACAUCACUGCUCUCAACGCUGCUCGUGAGUCUGGGCUUGCUCUUGUGACCUCGUCUCGUGUCUCUGAGCUUCAGCACAUGUCUCUCUAUGCCUCCUUGCUUUCGUCGGUUCUGCCUGCUGUCCAUCUUUAUGACGGUCUCCGCCUCGCUCGCGAGAGCCAGCGCGUCGUCGACGUUCUCGGUACCAAGCGUGUCAAGGACAUGUACGAGGAUAUUCUCUCGUCCCAGGACAAGACCUUCCUCCGCGCUGACCCCGUCAUCAAGGCCAGCCGUCUUUUGACUGCUGUCAACGCCGAGUUGGGCACCUCCUACCGCUUGUUUGAGUACGAGGGUCACGAGCAGCCCGAUGUUGUGCUUGUCCUUCUCGGCUCGACCGAGUCGGCUGUUGCGUCUGAGGUCGCUCUCAACCUUUCUGAUGCGGGCGAGCGCGUCGGUGUCUUGACCGUCCGUGUUGCCGCCCCGUUCGGCGAGUCGCAGUUCCUCAACGCUCUCCCGCGCUCGACCAAGCAGGUCUAUGUCUUUGGCCAGGUUUACUCUGAGGCUGAGGUUAAGGACCCUGCCUUCAAGUCGUCGAUCUACAGCGACAUCUUCUCUGCCGUUGUCAUGUCUCCUGACUUCCCGGCUGGGUCUCGUCCCAAGCUCAUUGAUCUGAAGUACACCCGCGAGGAGCAGACCAUGACUCCCAAGAACUUCAUCUGGAUCUACGAGCAGAUUCUCCGUGGCUCGCAGGCCAUCACCAUUUCCAUCCCGGAGGAGGUCACUGCCAACGGCUUUUCUACCGUUGCGUCCUUCGACUUGCUCGAAGACCAAGACGUUUCCCAGGUAGUGUUCUGGUCUGCUGACGACAGCCCGCUUGCCUUCUCCCCUGUCAAGCUUGCCCAGUUCUUCUCGCUCGACACCUCGCGCAACACUGGAUUCUACUCGACCUUUGACAACCAGACCUUGGCUGGCAUUGUUCAGUCGGAGCUGCGCUCGUCCAAGCGCAUCAUCGACUCGACCUUCGCUGUUACUAAUGCUGAUAUCGUUGUUGUCAAUGACGACCGUAUCUUUUCUGCGUACAAUGUGGUCGAUGCGUUAAAGUUCGGAGGCUCGCUUCUUGUCAACACUACCGACAAGUUUGAGGAUCUCGUCAAGAAGAUUCCUUUCCCGAUCAAGAAGCUCUUGACCUCGAAGGAGAUUGUCGUUUACACGAUCAACCUUGCCGAUGUUGCCGACUCCGCCAACGGCGCCGCGGUCAGCCUUGCAUCUCAGAUCGCUGUCUUGCGUACCGGAAACCCCACCGAGCUCGCCGAGGCGUACAUUGGCAAGCUGCUUACUCUCAACCCUGACUCUGGUCUCGACGCCGCCGCCGUUUCCGAGCUGUCGGAGAAGGUCCAGGCUGCGCUCGUCAAGGCCGAGGUUCCUUCCGCUUGGGAGCUCAGCGACGAUGAGCCCACUUCGCUUCCUAUUGCUCCGGUCUCGGACAGCUUCACUGCCAACGAGGAGAAGUUUAUCGAGGAGCCUGUUGUUGAUGUCGAGACUUACCAGACUGCUGCGAAGACUCUUGCGUUCAAGGAGGCAUACGAGUACAAGGCUGAACUCCGUCCUGACUUGCCUGUCCAGAACUUUGUUGCCAAGGUCCAGGAGCUCAAGCGUCUCACUCCUUCGUCUUACGACCGUAACAUUUUCCACAUCGAGUUUGACAUCACUGGAACUGGCUUGAAGUACGAGAUCGGAGAGGCUCUUGGUAUCCAUGGUCGCAACGACUCCGAGCUCGUGGCCAAGUUCAUUGCUGACUAUGGCCUCGAUGCUGAUGCUGUCGUCCUUGUUCCGUCGCGUGAGGAUCCCGAUCGUUUCGAGCAGCGUACUGUUUACCAGGUCUUGCUCGAGAACCUUGACAUUUUCGGCAAGACCCCGAAGAAGUUUUACGAGUCGCUUGCCGAGUAUGCCACUGAUGAGAAGCAGAAGGCUCAUCUUGUGAAGCUCUCCAGCGCUGAAGGUGCGGAGGAAUUCAAGCGUAGAGCUGAGGAGGAGACUCUUACCUAUGCUGAUAUUCUCAUCGAGUUUGACUCUGCUCGCCCCUCGUUCGAGGAGCUUGUGAAGAUGGUCAACCCGCUCAAGCGCCGUGAGUACUCGAUUGCGUCUUCGCAGAAGGUGCACCCGAACGCCGUGCACUUGCUCAUCGUCGUCGUCGACUGGGUUGACAACCUCGGCCGCAAGCGUUACGGUCAGUGCUCGCGCUACCUUUCGCAGCUCGAGAUUGGCUCUGAAGUUGUCGUCUCUGUUAAGCCUUCGGUUAUGAAGUUGCCUCCUUUGACCACUCAGUCUAUCAUUAUGAGUGGUCUCGGAACCGGUCUUGCUCCUUUCAAGGCCUUUGUUGAGGAGAAGGCGUGGCAGAAGGCGCAGGGUCACGAGAUUGGAGAUGUCUUCUUGUAUCUCGGAUCCCGUCACCAGAAGGAGGAGUACUUGUAUGGUGAAUUCUGGGAGGCUCAUAUGGCUGCUGGAAUUAUUACCCAUAUUGGUGCUGCUUUCUCGCGUGAUCAGCCUGAAAAGAUUUACAUCCAGGAUAAGAUGCGCCAGUCUAUCGACAAGCUUGUCCCGGCUUAUGUCGAGAGCAAGGGUGUCUUCUAUCUCUGCGGUCCCACCUGGCCCGUGCCGGACGUUACUGCUGUCCUGGAGGAUGUCAUCAUGGAGGAUGCCAAGAUCCGCAACGUCGAGAUCGACACUGCGAAGGAGGUUGAGGAGCUCAAGGAGAAGAGCAGAUAUAUUCUCGAGGUCUACUAA